AUGGAGGAGUCCGAAGAGGUUGAAGAGCACGCCAUAGAAACUCCACAAGAAACUGCAACAGAAAACCCCCAAGAAGAUGCAGCAGAGAAUGCACCAGAAGACGAAGCAGAGAAUCCGCCAGACGUGGCAGGGAGGAAUCCACAUGGGGGUGAAGAAAAGGAACCAGCCGAUGGACAGGCUGAAAUUGUAGCGGCCACAGGCGACGACUCUGUGACCGAGUUCCCCACGGCCCUACAGGGCCCGGAGCAAGAUGAUGAUGUGCCCUUUCCAGAGACCCUAGAUGUCCAGUACGUCGGAGAGGGGGAGGAUGCAGAGCCGCGGAACAUGGAAGAUAUCGUGGACAUGGAUGGCCGACCUCCACCGAUGGCCCCGCCGCCAGCCAUUUUCUACAGGGAGGAUGCCUCCGAUGUCAUGGAUGCCUCGGCUCUGGGUUCAGAGUUCAUGGAGGAGCAGACGUUUAGGAAGGAGCACAAGCGAGCAGAGAUUAAAUUACCCCCAGAGAAGAAACCAGAGAAACCCCAGCGACUGCCCCCAAAGGCGCGGGCCACGUACCCAUACCGAGCCAGAGUGAGAACCGAUGCACAGAUUGAUGCCGCCAUGAGAAAAGUUCCGCCCAGACACGAUUACUGUGGACUGAUCUACUCCUCAUUGUCCCAGCGUAUGUAA